AUGUCGGACUCCCCCCAAUCUCCUCCCAAGGAUGUCGACCAAGGUGUACAAUCACCGGAAGAGGAACAAAUGAACGAGCCUCAAGACCCACAGUCCGGUGGACUCACCUAUGAGUUUGAGGUCAAGGAGCAGGACCGCUGGUUGCCCAUAGCCAAUGUGGCCCGCAUCAUGAAGAACGCUCUCCCGGAGAACGCCAAAAUCGCCAAGGAGGCCAAGGAGUGCAUGCAAGAGUGUGUGAGCGAGUUCAUCUCGUUCAUCACGAGUGAAGCCUCGGAGAAGUGCCACCAGGAGAAGCGAAAGACGGUGAACGGAGAAGACAUUCUAUUCGCCAUGACGUCUCUGGGAUUCGAGAACUAUGCAGAGGCCCUCAAGAUCUACCUCUCUAAGUACCGGGAACAGCAAUCCCAAUCGAACAGAGGAGAGGGAGCGCACCGCCCGGGCAGCAGCGGCUACGGCGCCAACCCCCCAACCGGAGCCGGAAGUUUCCAAGCCGAGCCUCAGAACAACGUCCUCGGAGCUCAGCAGGGAGACGGAAGUGCCGACGCCCAGGGUUACAUGUACGGCGCGCAAACCGGCCACAACGGCACUGGCGGCGCCGACGGCUACCAGUAA